AUGUUCGUUAUAGCCGCUAGCUUGUUGGUUCUCAAUGCCAUCUCAAUUGCAGUCGUCUUUGGCAAACUCCCACUUCCAACCUCCUACAUCUAUCCAACGGACCCUAACUUAGACUGGAUGGAUGUGAUCAAUCGGUUCAUCCAAAUGCUCGAGACCUGGGAAAACGGCUCUACAGAAGGGGUCUACUCAUACCUUCCUCAGAAUCUACCUGUUGGAAAUGUGUGCUACUCGUUCUACCCGUGGGGAAUGAAAAAGUACGAUAAACAUCUGAAAGAAGAGGUAAUCUACAAAGACUACGGCCACCGUAUAAUGCCCGUUCUAGUACGAGAUGUGAUAUCACAAUUUCCUCAAGCUAAGAAAACCGACAGCGUCCAUACUUGGGAAAUGGUGGCUCAAAACACCAUAAAUCUGACAAAAAGAAGUAUCAGAAAUAUGUCACAUUUCGACAGGGAGAGAUACUCCGAAAUGGAUCGGGAAAAUGCCCAGAGACUCCUUCGUAUUCAGUACUGCUCUACUGACACAGCAGCACGACACAAGCAAUUCUUUUACUACCACUAUGCAAUUGCUUUCCUUGGAUACUUUUUGAGCUUUUUCAUACAGUCAGGUGGCUGGCAAGCCGUCUUGUGGAUAGCACAUAAUAUAACCGCUAUCAUGGUAUUUUUCCGGAUUCACGACGAUAUGGAGGGUUAUUACACGAUUUUGCAGAAUAACGACAUAGCAUGUACUUACGGGCCUUUCUUCUGGCUCCAUCUUGUUCUUAUGUUUUGGGGCUGGAUCUGGUUGUAUAUUUCCUUUUUUUUGUUGAGUGUGGCCAAGUAA